AUGGAAGUAUUUCGGUCUGAGGGGCUCUCUUGGGCUGAUCAAUGGGAUCCUGAAUCUCCCCCUCCUCCUCGUGAAGAUGACAAGAAGAAACGCAAAGAUGCUUCCAAAAACAAGUUUCUCAAAUGGAAUAAAUUGGACCUUAUUGAUGGAACAUCUCAAAAACCUGAUGAAGGUUCUCCUUUGACAAGACAAUGGCAGAGGUGUAAUGACUUAGUAGUGUCUUGGCUAACUAACUCACUUUCCAAAGACUUAGCUCGUACUGUUGAGUAUUCUGAAUUUGCUAGGGAUAUUUGGAGUGAAUUAGAGGAGAGAUAUGGAAAUACAAAUGGUGCUAGAGUUUUUGAACUUAAGAAGGAUUUAGCCCACAUAGCCCAAGGUGCUCCUGAUGUAGCUUCUUAUUUUAACAAAAUCAAACAACAUUGGGAUGAAAUUGAUGCUCUCUCUGUAACUCGUGUGAACUCUUGCACUUAUGGGGCUAAAUCUGAGUAUUAG